UAGAAUGACCUCAAUCCCAAGAGAGGCCUGAUCACGGAUUGGCUGAGAGUACUGGACCGAGCCCCUUCUAGCCCUCCCUGACACCGCGGACCAUGGAGUCCCACCACACCAGGACACGGACUUCCUGUCUUACCCUAUGCUGCUUCCUGUUUGCCCUGGCCAUCCCUCUCUUGUUGGCAUCCAGGACCCUCCCCCAUGCUCCCGACGGCGUCACUAUCAUCACUGCCUCCAUCGACGCAGCUGAGGAGGAGGACUAUAGCACGUUCAGCACCGAGAACCCUGAGUGGAAGUUCAACCACGUGGCCGUGGACGAACGCAACGGCAACGUGUACCUCGGAGCGGUCAACCGCAUCUACAAACUCUCCCCUGACCUAAACGUACAAGUGUAUCACGAGACUGGCCCCGACGAGGACAACCGCAAGUGCUACCCGCCACGCAUUGUGCAGCCCUGCAGCGAGCCGCUGUCCCUCACCAACAAUGUCAACAAGAUGCUGCUGAUGGACUACCGGGAGAACCGGCUAUUAGCCUGUGGUAGUCUCUAUCAGGGCAUCUGUAAACUCCUCCGUCUGGACGACCUGUUCAAGCUGGGAGAGCCCUUCCACAAGAAGGAGCACUACCUGUCCGGGGUCAACGAGAGCGGUUCGGUGUUCGGCGUCAUUGUGUCGUACGGGGACUCAUCGCCCGACAAGCUGUUUGUGGCCACGGCAGUGGACGGCAAACCCGAGUAUUUCCCCACCAUCUCCAGCCGCAAGCUGGCGCGCAACUCGGAGGAGGACGGCAUGUUCGCCUACGUCUUCCACGAUGAGUUCGUGGCAUCCAUGAUCAAGAUCCCGUCAGACACGUUCACCAUUGUGCCUGACUUCGACAUCUACUACGUCUACGGAUUUGGCUCGGGUAACUUCGUCUACUUCCUCACGCUGCAGCCGGAGAUGGGGAACGGGCCGGCCACCGGCUCCUCCUCCACGGGGCGAGAACAGGUGUACACUUCUAAAAUAGUCCGGCUGUGUAAAGACGACACAGCCUUUAACUCGUAUGUGGAGGUACCCCUGGGCUGUGUGAAGGGCGGCGUGGAGUACCGGCUCCUACAGGCGGCCUACCUCUCCAAGGCGGGUGCCAUAUUGGGGCGCUCGCUAGGUGUGGGGCCCGAUGAUGACGUCCUAUUCACCAUCUUCUCCAAGGGCCAGAAGCGGCGGCCACGCGAGGCUUCGCAGGAGUCAGCGCUGUGCGUGUUCGCCCUGCGUGAGAUCAACGAGCGCAUCAAGGAACGACUGCAGUCGUGCUACAAGGGCGAGGGCACCCUGGACCUGGCCUGGCUCAAGGUCAAGGACAUACGCUGCAGCAGCGCUCUCUUAACCAUCGACGACAACUUCUGUGGGCUGGAUAUGAACGCUCCUCUGGGGGUGUCAGAGAUGGUGCAGGGCAUCCCUCUCUUCUCUGACUCCACCGACAAGAUGACCUCGGUCAUCGCCUAUGUCUACAAGAACCACUCUCUGGCCUUCGUGGGCACCAAGAGCGGGCGCAUCAAGAAGGUAGGCGGGCGGCCAUUGAUACUAUUAACCUUCCCAGUGGUCUCCCACCAGGGACUGUGGAGGGCUACUAGGAGAUACGAGGAGAUUGUUUUUCCACAAACAUACUGA